AUUAGAGUUACGCGCGUCAGGGAGAGAGAUCCUGAUGUUGAUAAAGAGCGUUUACCAAUUCCUCUUUCUCCUAUUAGGAGAGACUCCCCAACUCCAACAGAUGAAUGCGAUAUAUUGGACUUGCCUCGAGCUCACUCGCUUGAAAGCAAGGAUCCAGAUUCUUAUCUUGAGAUAGAGCAUGACAGAUUAGGAGCUCAGCUCGGAAAGGGCAAGGCGAUUUACCAGAUUUGGACCGAUCAAGAGCUAGGAACUCGGGUUAUAGAUAUAGACUGGAUUUUUCCAACUCUGAAAGCUAAACCCCUUUGGAAAGUUCCAAGUUCCAGAUUAGAGAUUAGGACCGAGAAAGCGCUUGGGCUUCAGCUCUGA